UAAAAGUAAGAAGGUACUGGACCAUACUGCGGCGCCAAGGUGGCGUAAAGCGUUAAAUGUAGACGUGCCGUACCCGCGCCAGGACGGGCCAGGCAGCGUGCACAGGUUGUUAUGGCGGCUGCGGGGACGAACAGUGCUGGUGAGACACACCAUGAGGCAAUCAGUGUUGGCAGAAAGAGGAGCCAUGCGGAGUCCUUACUUCCCUCAGUCAAACCCAUGAAGGAGCACCCCCACGCCUCACAGAUUGCUCCGCCGCUGAAGAAACCGGAAGAGGAAGAGGAAGAGAAUGAUAGUGAGGAGGAACAGGAAAAAUUGAUGGUGAAAAGGCAGAGAGUUAGGAUGAGGGAGAUUUUUGCAAAGAUGGACGCAAGCAUGACCAUCUGUAAGCCUGCACCAUUCUCCCACGAUGAGGAGGCUGCCAGGGAGCGAGAUGCUUGCGAUUAUGGCAUCAAGAUUACUUUGGAAAAGGCUCGGGCAGGAGAAGCACCUCGGCCUAUACGAGUUUAUGCUGAUGGUAUCUAUGACCUCUUUCAUCAGGGUCAUGCCAGGCAGCUCAUGCAGGCCAAGAAUCUCUUUCCAAAUGUCUACCUCAUAGUGGGAGUAAAUAGUGAUGCUAUGACCCAUGAAAGGAAGGGAAGAACAGUGAUGACGGAGGACGAGCGUUACGAAGCCGUGAGACACUGUCGUUAUGUGGAUGAGGUUAUCCCAGACUGCCCCUGGACACUAGAGGACGAGUUCCUUGAGAUGCACAAGAUUGACUUCGUGGCACAUGAUGACAUCCCAUAUACAACUGGGAGUUCAACAGAUGUCUAUGCACACAUUAAGGCUCGUGGAAUGUUCGUCUCUACGGAGCGUACGGAGGGUGUGUCCACCAGUGAUGUUGUCUCCCGGAUCGUGAAGGACUAUGAUGUCUACGUGAGGAGGAACCUUGCUCGUGGCUACAGUGCCAAGGAGUUAAAUGUGUCUUAUAUCAACGAAAAGAAAUAUCGCCUUCAGAACAAAAUUGAUGACCUAAAAAAGAAAGGCAAGGAGAUGUUUGAGGACAUUGAAGGCAAACGCACAGAUCUCAUCAUGAAGUGGGAGGAGAAGAGUCGAGAGUUCAUUGAUGCAUUCCUCAUGCUAUUUGGUAGAGAUGGCCGCCUCACACAGUACCUUACGGAGAAAAAGGAUUCUGUCAUGAUGGCCCUUUCUCCACCAUCAUCACCCAAAGCUGGUAGCCAUUCAUCUGAAGACUGCAAUAGCCCUCCAGCCAAAACUUCAAGAUUUGAUUUUUCUGGACGGGCAGGAGCAUCUUUAGUUGACGAUGAUUAUUCUGACGAUGACGAGGAACCUGAAAGCAACUGAGAUCUUUUCAUCGCUCCUCCACUCUUCCCAUAUACCUAAGCAGUCAGUGACUAUCUCCUUUUCACCAUACAUUAGUUUUAUCACUCUGCAUCUUUGUGGACACAGAGUUCUUAACUGCAUUUCUGUUUGAGGCAUUUUAUAAUUCAGUUGUGUGAGGGGAUGCUGGUUUUAUUUGACAGUUGGUUGUCAGUUAGUCACUCACUCCAGUAUAUUGUAAUUAUCCCAAUGACUUUCAGGUGUUAUUCAACAGAACAAUGAUUUUUAUACUUGUCUUUAUGUUUUAAAUAUAUUUAUUAGUAAAAUGAUUCCUGACAUAAGUUGUGCAGCAGUUUCACACUUGUAUUUAUGUGAACAUAAUGUAUGUACACACACACACACACACACACACACACACAAACUUUCUGGUGAUACCAAAUAUAGUAUAUAUUUCAAUUGAGUUUUUAUAGUCUUUGUGUAUAGUAUUGUUCACCUUUGUACAUGAAUGUAAAUAUUUCCUUUUUCUCACACAGAACAAUAAGUUGAAUUAUUGUCUAUGGCAAACAACUAUUUUAUUAAUAUCUCUGCCUUGUGAAGGCUCCUCCUCUUUAUAAUCUACCAGGUUUGAAAAGAUAUUUUAGUAGCCAGUUUGCCACCUUUGACCAGGCACAUAAAUUUGCUUGGCGUAUGAAUAGUUUUGCGUAUUUGUAAAUGGGAUGGAUGGGCAAUUGAGAUGAAAUAUAUAUUGCAAAUGUC